UUUUCAGUGAAUAGCACCAGAGGUGUCAGAGAAAGGGAGAAUGGGUGCUGGGUAAGAUUGCCAUGGUAAUGGAGCUGUUUAGGGAGUUAAGAUCAGGACCCAUGUCUGUGUGGAGUAUAAAGCCUGGUGUAGAGAAGGAUCAAACGGGCUGAUGGGUGCAGACACCAGACAGACCUAAGGGCCUACGGGCUUGUCCAGGUAGCUGACUGCAGGAGAAGCAUACAAGGUGAAGGGCUUGGCUUCUGCCAAGGUCUCAGCCCAGGCUAGAGGAUCAGCCGAGGGCCCAGGACUCUCCCUCUUGCCACAUUGUGAGGGAGAGCCCCAGCAUCAUUGUGACCCGCUUACCCCUAGGAGCCUUUGGGACAGGUAGACGGGCUGGUUGGUUCUGUGGCACAGUGGGCUGGGGGCCUAGGGGCCCCAGUGGCCCUAGGGACCCCCAUGGCCAUGGCUGAAUGGCCACGGUCUGGGUGGGCCUCGUAUCAGAGCCCCAACACCAACAACUGCCAGGACCUGGGCAACUCCAUCCUGUUGCUGCUGGGCCUCAUCAUCUGCAUUAAUAUUGGCAUCAAUAUGGUGACACUGCUCUGGCACAAACUCCGUGGCUUUUUACACCACAUGUUCUGCCAUAUUGUUUGUGAGAAAGAAGCUAAGUCAUCCUCACCUGGGAAGAAGACCCAGACCCUGAAGCAGAGCUCCCCUGCAGUCCACCUUCGAUGCACCAUGGACCCUGUGAAAAUGACCGUGACCCCCCCACCCACUCGCCGUCAUCGUCAUCGCCAUCGACGCUCAUCAGCAUGCCGUGUCCACUGCCCAGUAGCGUGGGCUCCUGACACUGAUGACAAGAGGCUCCCACAUCAGCACCCAGCAACCUGCUCCCACAACUGGGAUCGCCCUGCAGACUGGGAAGACUUUCAAUCCAACCAGGGGUUCUGGGCUCCCUGGGCCCAGGAUGCUGUGGAGCCACCUCCCCAAACAAUCCGCUUCCAGCAGACUGUAGAGGAAAGGCCCCUCAGAAGAGAGAUGCUGUCAGAGCUGGGCCUAGAGGCUUAUGUGUACCCUGUGAACCCUCCACCCCCCACCCCACAGGUCCUGAGCCACAGGAACAGUGUAGGGAGGGUGGGGGCUGAAGGAGAGCAGCAGCAGUGCUCACCAGCUCCGCCAGCCCCUCUGCCCAUCCAGGGCCCAGCAGUUGUCCCAUAUAUCCACCGGCGCCGCUCCUCAGGCCGUAUAAUGUAUGACGCCCGUGAUGUGAGGCGGCGGCUCCGGGAGCUGACCCAGGAGGUGGAGGCCCUGUCCCACUGUUACCCCCUGGCCUCUGGAACCAGCACUGUUGAAGGGACAGGCAAGGACUGGGUAUACCGUCCCCUGACAGAGAGGUGACUGGGAGAAUUAAAAAAAAGAGAGGA